UAGUUGGAUUUCAGAGAAGAAGAAUUGGGUUUCAAUGUCUUCUGAUCUCUUUCUUUUUGAUCACGACCCUUUCUACCGCCAUUCAACCUCAGACAUGGUCUCCUCUGAUGGAGACCUGACCUUCAUCCCUGACUCACCCCUUGAUAUUUUCCAGGCAAUUUCAGACAGCCAAAACCAGCAGAACCCAGUUGAUGAAUCUCACUCCUUUGACCACUAUUCUUCUACACUCCUCUCUUCCUCUCCCAGCCACCAAUUUGAGAGCUUGAACCUUUACCAGACUACCCACUUGCAGUGGCUGCAGAAUGGUUCUGAUUUUGAUAACGGGUUGGGGAAUAUGUCUGGAUUGGAAGGUUUGGAGGUCAAGAACGAGGAAUGUCAAAUGGGUUUUGAGUCUUCUUUCAACCACCAGGCCUUUCUUCCCCACAGUUACAGCGGUGGAGGAGGGGCUGAGAAUGUGGCUAAGUUGAUGCAGAGGAGCUACAGCAGUAAUUCUUUUGAUGCAAAGACAGGCUUUCUCUUUCAGCCUCGCUUUGACACUCUCAUGGAGUCCCCCAGUUUCCAGAACCAGGAGAUUUUUGGUGGCCAAAUGAGGAGGGUUUGCAGCACAGGAGAUUUGCAGACCACCAAAGCACCCCAUGCCACCCAGAGGUCCUUCUCCAGCUCUUUGGCCGUAGAAAGCUCAUUCAUUGAGGAAACGAAUUUCAAAGUAGGCCGUUACAGUGCAGAAGAGAGAAAAGAGAGGAUUUCCAAAUACAGAGCCAAAAGAAACCAGAGGAACUUCAACAAGACCAUUAAGUAUGCAUGCCGAAAAACACUAGCCGACAACCGACCCCGCAUACGUGGUAGAUUCGCACGCAACGACGAACCCGGUGACACUCCCAAGGCUGCAUGCUCAACCAGUGUUGAAGACGAAGAUGAUCUCUGGCUUGAGGGAUUGCAUGAAGAGAAUGGAACAGUGAGAAUUGGGGAGUUUGUGAACACCUUUGGAGCCACACAGUUGCAGUACUAUGGAUUUUGAUUUCCCAGGAGGAUGUUUCUUAGGAUAGGUUGUCCAGAGUACAUGACUAGGAAGCCUUUUUUCUCAAGCAAAAAGUAGCUCGGAAAGGCUUUUUUUUCUGAAAUAAGUCGCCACAGGUUGCUGAGAUUAAAGUUGUAGUUAAUUGGGCAGUUAUAGACUAGCAGGAGUUAGUUAA